CGGGGGAGGGGCGCGCUGACUCGACUCGGCGCGGGGCCGGCGUGGGCGCCGCGGCCGGGAGCCGCGGGAGCUGCGGGUUCCAGCGCCGAUUAAGGACUUUUGACAAUUCCCUGCGCGGGCUGCUCGGGGCGGAUUAGGCGCCGGGAAAAGUGCGGCGGGGAGCGGCGGCCACUCGGAGCCCCCCGCGCCGCCCCGCUCCUGCCUCCGGGCCCGGGGCGGAGGCGCGCGCUGCGCCGGCUCGGGGCGCGCCGGGGGCGCGGGCAGGGCGCGGAGCGGCUGGUCCCUGAGCGUCUCGCCCGCUGCACCCGGGCCGGGCGCCCCCAGGAGGCUGGAGACUCGGGGACCCCCGCGCUCGCCCCGGGCCCUGCAGGGGGCGCAGUCCAGCCGCCGCCACCCGCUGCCCGGCGGCGGCGCUCGGGGUGAGCCCAGGGUCCAGGGGGAGGCGCCAGGAGCGCGUCCCGCGCCCGGGAGACGCCGACGGCCCGGAGGGGGCGCCCUGGGGGUCCGCCCGGCGCCGCGCCCCCCGCGCAGGCGGCGCGCCUCGCCGGGCACCCCCACCGGUCCGGCCCGAGGAUGGUCAACGAGCGCUGGAAAGCCGUGGGCGCCGCGUCCCAACUUGAGGAGCGGCCGCGCGACAAGCCGCAGCGGCCGAGCUGCGGCUACGUGCUGUGCGCUGUCCUGCUGUCGCUGGCCGUGCUGCUGGCCGUGGCCGUGACGGGGGCCGUGCUGUUCCUCAACCACAGCCACGUGCCCGGCUCGGCGCCCCCGCCCGUGGUCAGCACGGGGCCUGCGGGGGCCAACAGCGCCCUGGUCACCGUGGAGCGGGCGGACAGCUCGGGCCUCAGCAUCCUCAUCGACCCGCGCUGCCCCGACCUGGCCGACGGCUUCUCGCGCCUGGAGGACGCCCAGACGUCGGUGCUGCGGGCGCUGGCGGAGCAGCAGGCGCGGCGGCCGGGGGGGGGCCCCCAGGAGCGGGAGCUGCUCUCGGCGCUGGCCUCGGAGCUGCCCCGGCUGCGGGCGCGGGCGGCGGAGCUGCAGGCGGAGUGCGCGGAGCUGCGGAGGGGGCAGGGCGCGCUGGGCCAGGGGCUGAGCUCCCUGCGCAGCGAGCUGGGACACCUCGUCCAGCUUCUCUCCGAGAGCCAGGAGCACGUGGCCCAGCUGGCGAGCUCCAUUGGGGACGUCCUGGACGCACUGCAGCGGGACCGCGGGCUGGGCCGGCCCCGCACCAAGGCGGAUCUGCAGAGAGCCCUGGGCAGGGCUCUGCGGCCCCGGAGCUGCCCCGGGGGCCCUCGGCCCCGGGACUGCCUGGACGUGCUCCUGGGCGGCCAGCAGGAGGACGGCGUGUACUCUGUGUUCCCCACGCACUACCCCGCCGGCUUCCAGGUCUACUGCGACAUGCGCACGGACGGGGGUGGCUGGACGGUGUUUCAGCGGCGGCAGGAUGGCUCCGUGAAUUUCUUCCGCGGCUGGGAGGCCUACCGGGACGGCUUCGGCAAGCUCACCGGGGAGCACUGGCUAGGACUGAGGCGGAUCCACGCCCUGACCACACAGGCCACUUACGAGCUGCAUGUGGACCUGGAGGACUUCGACAACGGCACGGCCUUCGCCCACUACCGCAGCUUUGGCGUCGGCCUGUUCUCUGUGGACCCUGAGGAGGACGGGUACCCGCUGACCGUAGCGGACUACUCGGGCACUGCAGGGGACUCGCUCCUGAAGCACAGCGGCAUGAGGUUCACCACCAAGGACCGCGACAGCGACCACUCGGAGAACAACUGCGCCGCCUUCUACCGCGGCGCCUGGUGGUACCGCAACUGCCACACGUCGAACCUCAACGGGCAGUACCUGCGCGGCGCGCACACCUCCUACGCCGACGGCGUCGAGUGGUCCUCCUGGACCGGCUGGCAGUACUCGCUCAAGUUCUCCGAGAUGAAGAUCCGGCCGGUCCGGGAGGACCACUAGCCGGGCGCCCCGCCCCGCCCCCGGCCGGCCCCGCCCCUGCCGGCCCCGCCCCGGCCACUGCCGUAGCCCCGCCCCGGACCGCCCCGCCCACUACCAACAGCCCCGCCCCGGACCACCCCGCCCACUAUCAACAGCCCCGCCCCACUGCCCCGCCCCUGCAAACAGCCCCGCCCCCUGCAAACAGCCCCGCCCCACUGCCCGGCCCCGCCCACCGUCCCGCCCACUGCCAACAGCCCCGCCCACAGCCCCCACUCCGCCAAAUUGGUCCCCGCCCCGUCGCCUGCCCGGCCCCGCCCAAAGCCCCGCCCACACUCAACACCCCCGCCUCCCCAGGCCCCGCCCACCUUCCCAGGACCGUCCUGCUUCCAACUAUGGUUUCCUGCCGCCGCGUCUUGCUCGAAAUUUGCACCCACCCGACUGGGCCAGACUCACCCCGACAUCAAGUCCCACUGGGCGGGCUAGGGGUGUGUGUCAGUCACCUUCCUACUGCCCCUCACCCCAACUGACCUCUGCCGUGGGGGAAAAGAGCAAACGCGAUCAC